AUGAAUCGGCGCACAGGCGGUACGGACCGGCACGCCUUGCUCGCAGGCGGAGCCUAUCCGACCUCAUCCUCGCUGUCCGCCUACCGAUCGUCGUCGCCGUACGACUCGUCGUACCCCUCGACCUCGUCAACGCCCCCCACGUACAACAGCUCCGACUUUGUCGGUGCGCCCAAGAAGGAACCGCAUGGCGACAGCAUCCUCGGCCGGGCCACCUCGAACUACACUGCCACACGCACGGCGGAGGAUCUCGAGGAGCAGAACGACCAGCGUCUCGAUGGUCUCACCGCACGCGUGUCCAUGCUCAAGGAAAUCACCCUCAACAUCGGCACCGAGGUGCGAGAAAGUACCAAGGAUCUGGGCGUGCUGGGCGAGGCAUUCGAUAAUACUUCGGCCUUCUUGGGCGGCACCUUCAAGCGCAUGAACAAGAUGGCCAAACGACAGGGCGGGUGGUUCUGCAACAUGAUGCUGUUUCUCCUCUUUGUCACCUGGAUCUUUGUAAGCCCAACUUGCCGAUAA